UGAUUCUCUGACACCACCUAGGUGUCCCCUCAUUUGGUUCAGUUCUGACACUAGCUUCUCAGGGUUCGUGCCGGCCUCACAAGUUUUAAGGGCUCAGUCCCACAAGACCAUCCCCAUUUCUGACACCAGUUGCACGUCCUAAGUCACCUGUACUUCUGAUCAACUGGCUGUAAAUUGGGGUUCCCGUGACCUCACUUCGGGUUGCAUAAUUUGCCAGGACAACUUACAGAACUCAGAAGGGCACUUUGCUUAUUGUUAGUGGUUCCUGUAAAGCAAGAUUGUCCAACCCGCAGUCCAGGACAGCUUUGGAGGCAGCCCAACACAAAUUCUUAAACUUUCUUAAAACAUGAUGAGAUUUCUUUUGAAAUUUCCUUUUUCUCAUCAGCUGCAGUUAAUGUUAGUGUAUUUUAUGUAUGGCCCAAGAUAAUUCUUACAGUGUGGCCCAGGGAAGCCAAAAGAUUGGACACCCCUGUUUUAAAGGAUGCAACUCGGGAACAGCCCAAAGGAAGCGACACACGGGACGAGGGGUGGGAGUCUCCAUGCCCCCUGGGGGAGACACCGCCCAGUGUACCAUCCCAACGAGUUCAUCACCUGGAGGCUCCCCACAUCCCAUCGUUCAAGAGUUUUUGCAACCGAGUCUCCCGGCCCCCCACCCCUCCCAGAGGUUGGGGUGUAGGGAAUCUGGAAGGUUCCCACCCUCUAAUCACACGUUUCGUCUUUCUGGCAAUGACCAGCUUCCAUCCAGGCUAUCUAGGGGCACCCCCCACCGAACCCCCAGUCACUUUAUUAGCAUAAGCUCAGGUGUGGUGCACUGGGGCUGUCUAUAAAUCACUAAGGGCACUCUUGUUGCUCAGUAAAUUCCAAGGGCUUUAGGAGCUGUAUGCCAGAAACCAGGGACCAAGACUAGAUGAUCCGCACCAGGGCAGCCCUGUCAGCCUGCUGCCCCGCCCCACCUCACCCCUCCCCAUCCCCAGCUGGCUGUGCCCUAUUUAAAACCCUCCUCUCAGUAAAACAGCUGAUGCGUGCCUAUUUUACAUUCUUCUCUACCCUGGGUCUGACUAAUCAUGACUCUCACUGUGCUGGUAACUCCCCCGUUCUUGCUUCUCAGGAAGCAAAUGUAGGAAAAAUAUAGUAACAUUUCUAAGGAAGCUUAGAGAUACAAAAUGUUUAAAUGUAGCACAAAAAUUGUGACUCUACUUAUAAUAACUUGCAGAAUAACAACUCCACAGUAGACGUUAGGCAUCCAUGGCUGCAGGUUUUCUAAGAAAUGGGACGUGUGGGUGACUCACUGCACUGCCCGCUGCCCUCUGGAAGGAACCAUGGGGUAAUUAGAGUGAUUGGCCAAGAAGGGCCAGGGAUCCACGCGGCUCCCACCCUGAGGAGUCACGCUGUCCAGCGCAGCCAGGCGGCCGCAGGAGCCACUGUGGCAGGGAAUGCAUGUGUCAGGCGUGGUCAGUAAAAUGAGAGUAGAAGAUUUCAUGUGUUCCUUGUAUACAAGCGACGUCCCAAAUUAUAAUUCUCUGCUGAGAUUUGAGAAUUUGGAGAAUCCCUGCAGCUUUGUAACUUCAGAGGUGUAAUUAGCUGAAAAGUCAUCAUUUUGAAGAGUUCUGCGUUUUGCCAGUCACCUCUCAACUGUGUGCCAAAGAAGGACUCCAUGAAAAUGACAGAAGAAGUUAUUGUGAUAGCCAAGUGGGACUACACCGCCCAGCAGGACCAGGAGCUGGACAUCAAGAAGAACGAGCGGCUGUGGUUGCUGGACGACUCCAAGACGUGGUGGCGGGUGAGGAACGCGGCCAACAGGACGGGUUAUGUGCCGUCCAACUACGUGGAGCGGAAGAACAGCCUGAAGAAGGGCUCCCUGGUGAAGAACCUGAAGGACACACUAGGCCUUGGCAAGACGCGCAGGAAGACCAGCGCGCGGGACGCGUCCCCCACGCCCAGCACGGAUGCUGAGUACCCCGCCAAUGGCAGCAGCGCCGACCGCAUCUACGACCUCAACAUCCCGGCCUUUGUCAAGUUCGCCUAUGUUGCCGAGCGGGAGGAUGAGCUGUCCCUGGUGAAGGGGUCGCGUGUCACCGUCAUGGAGAAGUGCAGCGACGGUUGGUGGCGGGGCAGCUACAACGGGCAGAUCGGCUGGUUCCCCUCCAACUACGUCCUGGAGGAGGUGGACGAGGCAGCUGCGGAGUCCCCGAGCUUCCUGAGCCUGCGCAAGGGCGCCUCGCUGAGCAAUGGCCAGGGCUCCCGCGUGCUGCACGUGGUCCAGACGCUGUACCCCUUCAGCUCAGUCACCGAGGAGGAGCUCAACUUCGAGAAGGGGGAGACCAUGGAGGUGAUCGAGAAGCCCGAGAACGACCCCGAGUGGUGGAAAUGCAAAAAUGCCCGGGGCCAGGUGGGCCUCGUCCCCAAAAACUACGUGGUGGUCCUCAGUGACGGGCCUGCCCUGCACCCUGCGCACGCCCCACAGAUAAGCUACACCGGGCCCUCGUCCAGCGGGCGCUUCGCGGGCAGAGAGUGGUACUACGGGAACGUGACGCGGCACCAGGCCGAGUGUGCCCUCAACGAGCGGGGCGUGGAGGGCGACUUCCUCAUUAGGGACAGCGAGUCCUCGCCCAGCGACUUCUCCGUGUCCCUUAAAGCGUCAGGGAAGAACAAACACUUCAAGGUGCAGCUCGUGGACAAUGUCUACUGCAUUGGGCAGCGGCGCUUCCACACCAUGGACGAGCUGGUGGAGCACUACAAAAAGGCGCCCAUCUUCACCAGCGAGCACGGGGAGAAGCUCUACCUCGUCAGGGCUCUGCAGUGACGGCGCCCCGGCCCCACACUCGCCUCCCGGGCCCCACGGUGGAGCUGCCCACCCGGCCUUGUGGCAGAGGCUCCUCCCGUGGGGGCGGCGGCCCCGACGGCUUCUACGCGAGUCUCUUUAUGUUCAGGUCGCUUGGUCGGUUUGUCUCCCAUUCGCCAUCCAGGCCUAACACCCACACUCGAACCCACCCGGCCGGCCAGCUUUAGAGGAGGGGAGGAGAGGGGCGAGUUCACAUUAUUCCUUUUCCAUCGGAAACGGCGCUCGUGCAUUCAACUCGUUCCCGCUCAUGGAACCCCUCUUUAAAAAGACGCAGGGCACCUGUGAGCGCAGGAGCGAGCCUCAGGCCACCCAGCGGCAGCACCCGCGUCCUGGGCACUCUGCGUGCUGGGCAGAGCAGGUGGGCCCCAGUCCUAGCAGCCCUCGCCCGUGUCCUGUGCCCUUACAUGGCUCCCGGACUCUGCAGGGAGCCGACACGUUUGCUGAUAGCAAUACUGGAACCACCAGGUGCGAUGGCAGUGAGGAAACUGCCCAGUGCCUUUGGGGCUGUGCUUGCAAUAAAGAAUUUCCUGGAAAGGCAGUCUGCAAAAGAGGGAACCGGUGACGCAGAAAGACAGAUGUUUUGGUAAUUUACCCCAAAUGUGCCAUCCACAUAGUGCUUUUUCCUCUUGCCCUUCGGCUUGUUUGAAUCUCACAAUUAUGUAUUUAAUUCUCAAAGAAAUAUGUAUCUGUAGCCGUUUGUUGACACUAAUACAGAUGAUUAAGGAAAACAGCUGGUCUUUGGGGAAGGGAGCUACCAACACUUUAUACACACACACACGUGCGCGCACACACACACACACACUAUAUAUAUAUAUUAUUUACAGGGAAAUUUUUCAGGGUUUACAAAAGAGUAUGUGAUUGGUAGUAAGAGACACAGAAUGUUUAUGAAGAAAUUGCAUUUUCUUUUUCCUUUACAUUUGAACUUCUUUAUAGUUUAAAUAUACCGUCUUGAGAUGGCACAUUCCUACGAUUGAAGAAGGGGUCUUGAGAUCCCCUAAACUUGCAUACCCAGUUUUUUGGAUAUUGUAAUAAAAAAAAAAGUAUUAUGACAA